AAAUAUUUACUUUUUCCCCAGCCAGUUGUUUUUCGAAAGGGAAACAUAAAUAUUAUUUUUGAAUCCCUGGCAACUGAUUGCGAUCACGAAUAUGUGGAUUACUUUUAUAAGGUUCCCAAUUCGAGCUAUCUUUAUACCUUUCGGGUGGUAAAGCAAGUCUCUGUCUUUACGAUUGAUGUCAUCAUCAAAAUGGUAAAAUCGAAAACCAUUUUCUAUAAGGCAGAAAACAUAAAGGGCUGUGAUUUUCUCAACAAUCCUUUGCUCUUCAAGUUAUUCGGUGAAAGUUACAAGCAUUUGGUGGUCAAUGGAAGUUUCUUCAAGUGUCCCAUACAGCCGAAGGUUUACUAUUUGAAAUAUGAGGCUGCGAAGACAGUCGUUCCCCGUAUUCAUCCGCCUGGUCACUUUCAGGUUUCAAUGAGGGUUAAAGUGGCAGAAAGUUCGCAUCCUUAUGUUAUGGAAAUGUUGUGGAAAUAUAAGAUUCGUCAUAUCAAAUAA